AUGGCGACAAAUUAUAAUAUAAAUGCAAUCACCAGACCUUAUAAACCUAGAAGAAUACGUUUGCCAAAUCCUAAUUGGCAUGAAGAUUUUUAUCGAAAUGGACGGCCUGAUGAAAAGGAUGUUAUUGUCAUUACAGACUCACCAACUCCUUCACAACUACUACAUCAAUUACCACAAUUACCACAACUUCAACUACAACAAAUCAGACAUGUUUCCCCUAUACCACCACCUAGACAAACUAGACAAAUUGAAACAAGAACAUUUAAGAGAAAAGCUUCACUUCUUCCUGACGACGAAAGCAUAAAUCAUCAAUACAUACCACUAUCAUCAGAACCUUAUCCGUCUCAUUCUUCUUCUGUUACAUCUUCAUGUCAGGCAAUAAUACCUAAUCACGAUGAUAAAGAUGGUCAUUACAUUGUUAGAAUUGGAGAAGAUCUAACACCAAGAUAUCAAAUUAUUCGUAUAUUGGGACAAGGUACCUUUGGAAAAGUUGUUCAAUGUCUUGAUCGACUUACAAACCGAACUGUAGCAAUCAAGAUCAUUCGUUCAACUCAGAAGUAUCGGGACGCUAGCCGAAUUGAAAUUAGAGUAUUAAAUAUUCUUAGAGAUAGCGAUCCACCAAAUGCCUACAAAUGUAUUCAUCUUCGUGAUUGGUUUGAUUAUCGUAAUCAUAUUUGUAUGGUCUUCGAUUUAUAUGGAUCAUCACUUUUUGAUUUUCUAAAACUCAACAAUUUUUCACCAUUUCCGAUGAAUCAAAUACAAGAUGUUGCAAGACAAUUAUUGAAUUCUGUUGCUUGCUUUAAAUUUAACAAGUAA